ACAUAGCUACUGAUAAAAAAUAUCGAGGUUUAAUAUUGAUAUUAAUAAAAAUAUUAUUAAGGUUGAAGGUUCUAUUUAUUUAUUUUUUCGAGUUUAAUUCGGAUUUUACGAUUCUCGCUCACUUUGAGUCCCGUUUGGUUUGCCGUGCACUUUGUAAAUCGAAAUGGAACCGUAAGACGUGUUUUGUGCCAUUUCAAAAGUUACAAUGUCGUCUUCCCAAGUAGACGAUUCGUCGGAUUGUCCUGUCGAGUUCCAGACCAAGAGGACCAAUUUGUUUGCCGUUCUAGAUCAAGCCGAGAAGGACUUGGGUUCGAAAAUUCUGAAAGCCACCUCGGCCGAUGCGCACGAGAUACUCAAUGGUCGGGUGCAGCGUAGCCGGUCUGGCCGAUCGUUUACCAAACAGUUCCGUGGCAAAGACAGUCUGUUCGCCAAGCCCGAUAUACCUCCGUGGCGAAUCCUGGAAAAAAACAAAAUGCCCGACUUCAAGUUACACCCACACAAGUGGACCAAGUAUUCAUUGGCUGACGUCAACGAAAUGAACGACAAGAGCAAUGCUGCCGCGGCUUUUGCGUUUCUUAAGGAAAUGCAGAUGAGGAAAUGUGGGCACGACGACGAGGGCGACGGAGAACACGACAAGAAGAUAGUGUUCAAACGCGUGGAGAAAAAUAAAGUGGAAGAGAACAAACCGAGUUUCCAGAGUAGCAAAUUGGUUAUGCCAGAAUACGAAUUUGGCAAAAAAGCAUCCAAGAAAAAAAGCCAUAGACAACGUCAGACCGACAGUAGCGGUACAAGUAACGCGAUAAAACUUGAUCAUCUAAUAGAUGAAGAGGGCGACGAUGAAUAGUUUUAUAAAUAAGGGGGGGAAAAUAACUAUAAUGUGUAAAUAUAAAUGUCGUUUAUUACUUAUUACAUUAAUAUGUGUAAAUAUAUAGCUUAUUAUUUUUAUAUUGUUUUUAUUUUAACUGUAAUGUAUCCAAUACUUCUUUUCCAUAAUGCCAAUAGUGUGAUGUGA